GAAUGUUGCUACCUAAAUACUGUGCAGGUUAGUUGACAAAUGUCAUGUAGAGAAUAUGGCACUGGAGCCAUCCAAGCUAUUUCUAAUCCUCUCCCCUCACUUCAACGCUAUUUGCUCUAGGAAACUCACCCCACCUCUGAAGCCUGACGUCGACAUAUAAAAGCGGUACUCCAACUACGUAAAUCUGCAGCAUCCUCUGGUCUGUCCUGUUUUAGCUUGCUUGUCACAUCAUGGCGUCAGACCCAAAAAUUACUCUGUACACGGCCCAGACGCCCAAUGGCAUCAAAAUUUCAAUCACUCUCGAGGAAUUAGGCUUGCCUUACAAGGCCCAGAAGAUUGACAUCAGCAAAAACACGCAGAAAGAACCGUGGUUCCUUGCGAUCAACCCCAAUGGACGGAUACCCGCCCUGACCGAUGUCUUUACCGACGGCGAGCAAAUCAACCUCUUCGAGUCGGGCAGCAUAAUGCAGUACCUGGUGGCCCGCUAUGAUACAGACUACAAAAUCUCGUACCCGGCCGGCACUCGCGAGUUCUACCAGAUGAACAAUUGGCUCUUCUUCCAGAAUGCUGGCGUCGGUCCUAUGCAAGGGCAAGCAAACCACUUUACUCGCUAUGCGCCAGAUAUCUUUGAGUAUGGCAUCUCGCGGUACCAAAACGAGACGCGGCGGCUGUACGGCGUCAUGGACAAGCAGCUGGCAGCGACAGGACAGUACCUAGUCGGGGAUAAGUGUACGAUCGCGGACAUUGCGAACUACGGGUGGGUGGCGUCGGCAGGGUGGGCAGGCGUCGAAAUCGAUGACUUCCCAGCGCUCAAGGCGUGGGAAGAAAGGAUGGAGAAGAGGCCGGGCGUGGAGUUGGGACGGCAUAUUCCCGAUCCGCACAAGAUCAAGCAGUUGAUCAGGGACAAGGCGGCCGCUGAGAAGUAUGCGGCGGACAACCGAGCGUGGGUGCAGGCCGGGAUGAAAGAUGAUGCCAAGAAGACUUCGGUGGAAAAGUGAGUCGCCUCUUGGGAAGAGUUGCAGGGAGGAGAGCAGGGGAUCAUCAGCAUGGUCGAACAGGCUGUGGAUAGGCUCUGAAGUCGUCGGCCAGGGAUCUAGGGGCAAGUUUGGAGGGCCUAGGGUAUUUGAACAAAUAUGCCAUCAAUUUGGACCCUUCCCUGGAAAUUGUGAGGUUCUCCAGGUUAGCUCGAUCUUAGACUCGGGCAGUGCAUGAACACAAGAGUUCUUCCAUAAUGUACACGUUCUCCUAGCUUGUGUAUCUGCCAAGCACUGCUCGAGGUCCAGUACGUGGUUCAGAACAGCAAAGCAGCAG